AUGCGGUUCAACUAUCCUGACUAUCAUGACUGCAACAAUCCUGACGUAAUCGACAUUCGUACGUGGUCCACUCCUGCUCCUUCUAUUCUAGAAGAACCUUUAGUGAAAACGUUUCAAGGCAUAUUGAAUGGAACAACUCAGGAAUCCAGAAGUGGAAGAAGAUAUGCGGCAUUUCUUGGAAUACCGUAUGGACAACCACCAAUCGGAAAUCUCAGAUUUGCAAGUCCUGUGGCUGCAGGUAAUUGGGCAGGAAUCAGAGCAGCAGAUUCUUUUGGAAAUAUAUGUAUUCAAUUGAAGAAUAAUACAGUAACAGGAUCUGAAGAUUGUUUGUUCUUAAAUGUUUACACUCCAAUCCUUGACAACACUUUGCUACCAGUCAUGGUGUUUAUACAUGGAGGUGGUUUCACUGGUGGAAGCAGUAAUAUGUAUGGUGCUAGAUACCUUUUAGACAAGGACGUAAUUUUAGUUACCAUAAAUUAUCGAUUGGGAAUAUUUGGAUUCCUGAGCACCGGAGACUCUGCCGCUCCAGGAAAUUUUGGAAUGAAGGACCAGGUUCUCGCAUUAAAAUGGGUCCAGAAAAAUAUACAAUUUUUUGGAGGUGAUUCAAACCAGGUGACUAUAUUUGGGCAGAGUAGUGGAGGAGCAAGUGUUGCUCUACAUGCAAUUUCCAAAGCAAGCGACGGUCUGUUUCAAAAGUACAUAAUGCAAAGUGGUACAAAUUUAGCACCUUGGGUAUACCAAAAAAGGAGUAACUUUAUUUUAUAUACAAGGGCUCUGUCGACAUUAGUUCUUUGUCCCUCAAUUACUUCCGCAGGACUUGUAAAUUGCAUGCGAAGAAGAAAUCCAGAAACUUUAUUGGAUACUAGUGCUAUAUUCGGUACAAUUUCGCGCCUUGCACAAUUAACUUGGACCCCUACGGACGAACCUGAUUCUGAAGAUGCAUUUCUAACUGAUAGACCAGAAAAUUUGGUGAAAAAUAAUCAAAUGAAGGAUUUACCUUUUAUGAGUGGAGUCGUAGCUGAUGAAGGACUUUUAAUUACUAGAGCUGCAUAUUCUAGUGAUAUAACCUACGGUAUUCUCAGAGUAAGCAUAGAUCCACUUAUCGCUUAUGUCGGUGCCUACUACCUUGAAUCUUCGCACUUACUAUCAUUUACACCGGCUGUGAAUGGUUUCUAUUUUUACAAUAACCUUAUUUUUGUUAAAGAAACUUCGCCACUACACAAUGUAAAAUUCUUGAUUUCCGAAAUUCGUAAACCUGAACGAGGCCUGCAAAGAGGCGGAAGAGGCAGCUGCAUAUAUCUUGAACUUCAAAACGCAGCAUUCAGCACAUCACGCAACCCUGAUGAGCAAAGAUUCUCCAGUCUACAAGCUAUAGUAAUCCUCAGGCUCGCGACGGUACACAGGCUUAUGGUGCUCCCUGGCCUCUGUCUUCCUAAAAAAACUUACCUUGAAUUAACGCUAACGACCCCGAAAAUGACGCAAAUAGACUCUACAUCACAUUCCCUUGAACAAGUCCUAUCCAGUAUUUUAUUCGAGCUUUCCUACAUCAAGGUAGGAAUAUCAACGCUGAAUAAAGAAAACGAGAAUCGGCUACAAGAAAUCUCAGCGAUAGACGAAAAGAUAGGACUUAGAACCAAAGUCGAAACGAACAAAGAGCAGUCCGAGUAUGCGUCAGACCAUGUCAAGCAGAGGAAACUUACCACACAGUCGCUAGAAACAGGCUAA